CCUAAGUAGUAAAGGUUUGGUUCUCAAAAGUAACGGAAUCGCGACGCGAAUUCACGAGCUCUUUAUGCAGGACAGUUUGAAAAGUGAAUUAACAAAUCAACAUACGUAGUCAGUAUACAUUUGUAUCUUCGAGUGUUCGACGAAUUGCAAAGAAUUAAUCGAUGAUGAAGUUAUUGUUGCUUUUAAAAAAAAAAGGCACACAAUACAUCGAUUUGUGCGUUUUCGAAAGCGUUGCAGUGACAUAAAUAUGAUUUCAUUCUUCUGAUCAAACAACUUCUAGCCAUCAAGUUUUUGAGAUAUCAAAUAUAUACGUUCUGAAAAAAAAUGGACAAAAUUUCUGACUGUCGGAUGCAGAAAAUUAAAUGGAUCAAACAUAUAUAGAAUUCCUCUCAAAUACCACAAAAACGAAACUGGAUAUUAUGGAGCUAUUUCAAUUGGAACGCCACCUGUGCAGAUGAAUGUUCAGUUUGAUACAGGAUCGUCUUCGUUGUGGGUGCAUUCAAAUCUUUGUGAUAGUCCGGCAUGCCCAAAAAAUCGUACUCGAUAUUACGAUCACAACUCCUCAGAAACGUACCAAAAAUAUGAAAAAGAGAACGAAUCGUCUACCUUAUGGUAUGGUCCAGGUCCAGGAUCUGUAAACGGAUUUUGGUCUCGUGAUACGAUUUCAAUAAAUGGCUACAAAGUGAAUAAUCAACGAUUUCUUCAACCCACGAACAUGUCUGAGCAAAUCGCGAACAGAGCAUACGAUGGGAUCAUGGGAUUAAAUUACAAACCAGAGAGCGAUUCAAUCAACAUUAUGUUAAAAUAUUGCGAAGAACGAGGAAUGCGCGACAAGAGAUUUCGUUUUUAUUUAACCAAGAACGAGUCGGAUGAGAAUGGUGGCGAGUUAUGGUUAUGCGGUUCAGAUAAAUUCGACAACAUGUACCAGUACCAGGGGAAAAUGAAAUAUGUGCAAGAAGUAGAAAGUUCCACAGGCCUUUCAUGGACAAUACGCGUAGAAAAAGUUUCAAUUACGAGUGGUUACGACGACAAAAGAUCCACUGAAAUAAUCGCCACGAAUAAUACAGCUUUAGUUGCUACAGGAUCAUCGUUUAUUCAUGGGCCAGAGGAACAAGUUAAUGCGAUUAAAAGAUCUAUACAGUCAAUCCUCUCAACGAUACCAGACCUGAGAGCAAACUUACACAAACUGCCAAACAUAACAUUCACAAUGGGUGGCGAAGAUUAUGUACUUACAGGACAAGAUUAUAUAACAGAAUAUGACAACGUCACAAUCGGUUUAGCUAAAACCAAUACUCCAUCUUCAUCUGAAUGGGUUUUGGGAGCUGUUUUUCUUCGCAAGUACUACACUGAAUUCGACAUGUACGGUCACCGAAUAGGAUUCGCCGAAAUUUAGGGUGUAAGGUAUUUUUAGAUUUCGUAAUAAUAUAGGUUUAUGUAUUAGGUAUUUUAAUAUUUAGUUUUUUAUAAUAUUUUGUACAUUGAUGUGGUAUACUUGAUUUUUCUCAUCACAAUAAACCAU